GGUGUUCCAGAGUCCACACUAAGUAGUCAGGCGAAGAUUUUCGUUCGGAAAGAUUGGAUAGACAAUACUUUUAUGCUUAAUGAUUAGUAUUUCUUUCACUGGAACACGAUCAAACAGUGACUUUUUGUUUUGACAACAUUAUUGCACAACUAAAUAUUGUGUUUCAGUUUCUAGCGCGGAGUUCAUUUGUUUAAGACUUCUCCAACAUUCGAUUUAUGGUGAAUCAUAUAUAUUGAUGUAUAUAUAUUUAUGCAAACGCGACUCCAAUUAUUAACAUUCACUGUUUAGUUCUCUGUGUGUCAGUACUUGCUCUUUGUGUUUAAACAUAUUGCAGACAGAAGCGAAGGAUUUACGCCAUGGAAUCCGAAGUUCAAUUUAAGACAUACACCUUCUGGGAGAACAAAGAGAAACCUGAAAUUAGAAGAUUCAGAAUCGAUAAGAGAGAAGCAACCAACUUCUCUGUCUUCAAUUCUAGGCUUCUCGAAGUGUAUCCUGGGCUCAAGAACAAGUCUUACAUUGUUACUUGGAGAGAUGAAGAAGGAGAUGACAUUGUUAUCUCAUCUGAUGAAGAAAUGGACACCGCCCUGUCAUAUUUGGGGACAGGUCUUGUUAGAUUCAUUAUCAAAUUGAAACCUCAAGCCACGCGUAAUGAAGCCGAGUUCAUGUUCACGGCUACGGCGGCGGGAGGCUCGGCUAACAAUUCUACCCCUUCGAGUCCCAAGGCUGGAGACUCCAAGCAGGCUCCGAAGACUAACAUUGUCGGGGAUUCUAUUCACACAGGCGUGACAUGCGACGUGUGCGACUGGCCCGUCAUCGGGUUCCGCUACAAGUGCGUGGUGUGUCCCGACUUCGACCUGUGCGCAGGAUGCGAGGCCGGCGGCAACCAUCGCGAUCAUUGCAUGGUACGCUUGCCCGCGCCUGAAAUGUCGCGUACGCUCAUCAAAGCUGCGAUUAAGAGGUCCCGUCAUUUCUUUAAGACCGUCGGCCAUGCAGACUGCCCUUACAAGAAGCAAAAAGGAGAAAAGCAUGAGAAGAAGCAGCACGAGGAGUCGCAUGGGCGACGCAGCGAACAUCGCCAGCGUCGCUCCCGCAUCAGCUGGCUGGAUACCGUCGCCAAUUAUAUGAACGAGUUUGCCAACUUGGCUGGUGACUUCGAUGUCGACAUUGACUUCAAGGCCUGUGAUAAGAAGGAGAAAAAGACUCAGGAGCAGCAGAAUGAAAAACCUAAGGGAGAGCAGAAAGAGGAGCCAAUGGACGACUCUAAGGGCGAGCCUAUGAACGUCGAUCCUAAGCAGGAGGAAGCCCAGUCGGAGUCGCAAAAGGAGCAAGCGAAUCCUGAAGGAUCCAUCCCAGAGGGCCAGAAGACGCAGGAAAAUAAAUCAGCUAAAAAUGCUAAGCAACCGCAGGAUGGUGCUUCCGGAAAGCCCGCUCCCAAGCCCAGAAUUGAAGAACUGCAAAAGCUUUUGGAGAUGUAUGUGGGCGACUGCUACAACUACUUCACGCCCCCAGACGGGAUACACACUGUAAACGCCAAGAGCUUUGUUAUUGAUGGUUUUGGAAAUGGAGGCAAUAGACCUGAACCGACUGCUCCGGAAUCUGUUCCGGCUACCCCGCAAUCUGGACCUGCUAGCGCUGCGAGCGACAGGGGCUUGUCUCCCGACAAAGCCGAUGAUUGGACCAUGAUCAAUAACGAGACAGAUUUUGCUACCACAUCUGCUAAUGGUACUGCUACUGCCGAAACUUCCCAAGUACCAUUCAACUUGCCUGAGGAGUUCAAACAGCGUGUGAAGAUCGGCGAUGGGUCCAACCUGUACCCACCACUUAACACUGCUACUGCAGUGUUGAAUCCUAAAGAGCCGGAGCUACUGAAAGCCCAGCAGCCAACUGUGCCACCCCAGGCUCAAACUUCGUCUCAGGCUCAAACCGCGGCCCAGGCUCAACCCGCCCCCAAGGCUCAACCGACAGCCCAGGCUCAAACCAACGCCCAGGGACAGGCUCAGACUGAACCCCAGGGACACUUGCCCCAUGCUCACGCCACUGCUGAGUCCUUUUUCUCAGCUCAAUUUCAUUCCUCGCCGCCAACGUCGCAGGCGCAACCGGGCACUGAGCAGAAGGCUAAUCCUCAGAUGAAACAACCUGGUACCAUACGUUAUCAUAGCAAGCCUCACAUCGACGCUGCGAUCCGCUGCAUGUUGGCCAUGGGCUUCACCAACGAGGGCGGCUGGCUGACACAGCUGCUAGAUAACACUGACGGGAACAUCGCCGCUGUCAUUGACAUGCUCAACCCCGUCACCCCCAAGAACCUGUAAACGGGGAGCCAGUACACCAGUCUAUAUUGUAACGUUAGAACUGGUUUUUAAAAUGUCUUAUUCAGUAGUUAUACUGAUACGAUUUUGAUUAGUCUGUGAUAGUUUGGAUUGUAAAGAUCUGUGAAGGAACGCCGUGGACCCGCCUAAUCAUAAUUGUGUCAGGGUAGGGUCUUAGACCUUCGGUGGUGUAGGAUUUUGAACUUUUAUCCAUAUUAUACUUAGAUAUAAUCAAUUUUACUCUUCUAUAGAAGUGUAUUUUACCUAUAUAACAUCCAACUAUGCAUAUCUUGUCCCCCUAUAUGAAUAUUUAUAACAUAUUUUUGUUAGAAAUUUAUUUGACAUGAUAAAUAUUUUAAGUUAUGUUUUAAAAAGAUACAUUAAGUUUUAUUUUUAUGUUAUCAAGUGUCCUAAAGUUUCUAUUAUGCAUUUCUAAUUAAUUAUUUGUUGAUUCUUUGUAUGUAUUUUCCAUAUCUAUAUAUAUAUAAUUUCAUCUAUUCAUGAGUAUACCAAUAUAUAAUUAGACAAUUUCAGUAUGGCAAAUAAGUCAUGUUUUAACAUUUUUAAUAGCAUAAGUAAACAUAUUACUCGCCGUUUUGGCAAUGUAUUCACAUUAUUAUCAAUAAAGGAUUAGAGGACAAA